ACAGAUCCAGAUAAGAACGGUCCAGUCUUGAUAUGAAACAGUUAGAGGAGAAAAAAUCAUGCGUUACCGCGAGAAACGAAAUUGCUUUAAAUUAUUCAUUAAAAAUAGGCCGUGGAAUACUGAGAGUGAUCGGCGCUUGGCCACUGUAUAAAGAAAGCUCAAACGUCGAAAAGAUCUAUAGCUAUUUAGUAAACUGCUUUUGUUACUUUCUAUUUACCUUUAUACUCGUACCGGGGUUGCUUCGAAUUUUUUUAAUAGAACAGAAUACUCGCAUAAGGCUCAAGAUAUUCGGUCCUCUCUGCACAUGUUCAAUAAACGCCACGAAAUAUAGUAUAUUAAUGACGCGCGGGAAAAAAAUUAAAGAGUGCAUGAAGCAUGUAAGGGAAGACUGGAAAAAGGUGGUACUAAAGAAGGAUUAUGAAUCAAUGAUGUCGCAUGCCAAGGUCGGAAGGACUUUAGCGGUGAUGUCAGCAUCAUUUAUAUAUGGCGCUGGAAUGUCCUAUCGUACUAUCUUACCUCUUUCAAAAGGCAAACUCAUAAUCGGUAAUCUCACAAUAAGACCCCUUGCAUGUCCAAGUUACUUUGCAAUAUUCGACGAACAAAAAUCACCAGCUUACGAGCUCGUUUUCUUCGGACAAUUUCUUGCUGGCUUCGUCGUUUAUUCGGUGGCUUGUGGUGUUUGUGGUCUAGCGACCUUUCUGAUCAUGCACGCGUGUGGGCAACUUGAAAUUCUUAUGAGAAUGAUGAGAAACAUUGUCGAUGGGAAAGACGACACCGACGAUACUGAUCCAGAUACGCGUAUCGCCGAGGUAAUUCGACAUCAAAUCCGAUCCAAGAAUUUCGUAAAGAAAGUAGAAGAGAUCCUGCAAUACAUGUGCAUGGUAGAGAUCUUGGGGUGUACUAGUCUCGUUUGUCUUGUUUUGUAUUACGUUAUAAUGGAGUGGGAAAACAGUGACACGACCGGAUUAAUUACGUAUUUCAUUUUUCUCCUAUCUUUCGCCUUCAACAUGUUUAUUUUUUGCUACCUUGGUGAACUUCUUUCGGAACAGGGUAUAAAAGUCGGCAUAACGUCUUGUACUCUUGAUUGGAAUCGUCUUCCGACGAGAAGCGCUCAAAGUCUAAUAUUGAUUAUACUUGCCUCGAAUCAUCCGAUAAAAAUCGUAGCUGGUAAAUUGAUGGACAUGUCACUCACCAAUUUCAAUAACAUUAUUAAGACCUCGGUUGGAUACUUCAACAUUCUUCGAAGUAGUAUCUAGUAUGGUAAUGAAAGAUCGAAAUCGCAGUUUUUAUAUUCGUACUUCGAGGAAUUUGAGUAGUUGCAAGUUUUGUAAAAUAUUAGUAAAUAUGCGACAGUAGUUCCAAUAAAUGACGGAUUAUAAUAGAAGUAGAAACAAAUUGUCGUUUUUCGUGCAUUUUGAAUAUAUAUUAAAACAGGACACCUUCUAUAUUGCAUCUGAAUAUCCCAUUCUUAUCCAAGCAAUGUAUUCGCGCAAUAUACCUUUGAAAAGUACUUAAAAUCUUACUCGCGUAAUUAAUAAUGAGCCAUGGUAUAUGAUGUUGGAAACAUGAUGACUAUGUUCUUCAGCAAUUUCAAUGUAGAAAACAUCACGAUCGGCUUGAGUUUUCCUUUUAUCAUUCAAUGAGAAUACAAUCUUUUUAUGAUUAAAACAAUAUCAAAAUUUCUGUAAAUAAAUAUGUUAUUUGCACAAAAGAAAAUCAACAUUUUUGAAUAUUAUCUAUCACAUUUGACGUUUCUCUAAAUGCACGCAAUAUCCAUCGAAUGUAUUUCACGUUUGCAAAACAACAUUAUACUUGCGUUGUAUCUUUACUUUGAGUAUUGACUAACGCAACUCCUUGCG